GCAGGCAGGCUCUUACCCAGAGCUCCUACAGUAAAUAUUUGUGUUUGCUCAGCCGGCUGUAAUGGUGGACGACUGAGAAAGAAAAGGGGAGAAAGAUCAGUCGGAAAAAUUGAAUCCCAGACCAAACACUACCGUCCGCGGCUCGGAAACACACUCCGGCGAACAUGGAUGAACUAAAACAUCAAGUGAUGAUAAACCAGUUCGUCCUGACAGCUGGAUGCGCCGCAGAUCAGGCCAAACAGCUCCUGCAAGCGGCACACUGGCAGUUUGAGACAGCCCUCAGUGCCUUUUUUCAAGAGACUAAUAUCCCAUACGGUCACCAUCAUCAAAUGAUGUGUACACCAGCAAACACGCCGGCGACUCCGCCUAACUUCCCCGAUGCACUCACCAUGUUCUCCCGUCUCAAGGCAUCGGAAAGCUUCAGCAGCAGUAGCAGCCCCAGUAUGGCUCCAUGGCCACCUCUCCCCCUCCCCCCAGUCAGCUGGGGUAUGACUCCACCAGUGGCCAGCCAGCAGGGAUUUGGACUCAGGGCCCUCCAGGCACACAGGCUCACCCUCCUCCGGGCUGGCCAUCCACUGUCAACCAGCAAGCAGCCGCCGAACAGAAGGCCAGCGUGGCCAUGGAGGCUGAGAGAUGAGGAGCAGGACUGCAGGACCCCUCGCCCCGCUCUCACUGGAGUGGUAGAAAAGGGGAGCAGUGAGGCGAAAGGUGGGGGUAUGAUUUAUAAGGAGGAGGGGGGCGGGACAGGGGGCACUCGCUUUCUGUCAGAGUCGCAGGGGAACCUGAAGCCAAUCCCAACUGAGUUCAGACUAGAGGUGGGCCGUGAACAGAAAGGAGCGAUGACACUUGUGGUAAAUGAGGAGGACAAGUUGGAGAUGGACUCCACGGAGAUGUGUAACAUCAUGACUAGAAAGCAGAUGCUCCAGCGAAGGCACAAUCUCCUGAUGGAGUUACAGGUGUUCCUGAAACAACACAACUUGACAGAAGGAAGUUUCAGUCCCCAACAGGGCCAAGGACUGUCUGAGCUGGAGCAAAUAGAAAAAGAGCUGCAGGGCCUGUCAGAGAAAGAGAGGGAGCUGAGAAACAAAAAACAAUCCACCAACACAGAAAUUACAGAGGAGUCAUCUGCCACUGUCCAGAGCCCAUCUGAUGAAGAACUGAGCCCCACUACACCUGAUCCAGAAGUGGUGGACGUGAAGGACCUGUCAUUUUCUCCGGCUUUGGUGCUGUGUCCUAACUGCCAGCAGCAUAUUACUACUGAGGUUCAGUACAAAGUGGGCAAAACAUCCUUUCUCCUCUGCUAUCUCUCCAUACUGCUGGGCUGUGUAGGGGGAUGCUGCCUGUUGCCCUUCUUUCUGAGCUACUUUAAAGACAUCUGCCACGUUUGUCCUUCCUGCCACACAGAAAUCCAGAACGUCUCUCGGAUCUAAAGAAUCCACUGGAAUUACAACUGUCCUCAAAGCACCAACCUGUAAGAAAGAUAUAUGGUUUUAAGAUGAACAAAUCUGGACUGAUAACAUCAUGAAAGCCGAUUUUACUGUACAGACUUACACUAGACACUAUAGAGCAUAGUUGAGAUCAUAGAUUAUUCUAUCCAUGUUCACUGGAUAUGAGCAAUCGUGUGCUCUGAGUGGCUAAUCUACUACCAGGCUAUCAGCUCAUAUACUGGGAGUAGAGAAAAACAAAAUGGAGGAGCGUGUUACUGAACCAACCGAGGACGAAAUAAAAACUCUACUUCGAAACGAAACCCCAAAAAUAAAAAAAAAAAGCAACCAAGUAUGGAAUAAAAAUUAUUUGAUGGUAAGACACACACACACACACAUAUAUACAUAUACACACACAUAUAUAUGCGCGUGUGUAUACAUACAUACACACACAUAUGGGUCUGUCUCAGAAACUGGUCUCUCAUUUGAGACAUUAUGGUCAAAAAAAAAUUCUUUUUUUUUUUUUUUGCAUUUACCCAACACUCAAUGUUUCUUUUGUCAUGUUGAAUAAGAAUAAAGAUAGCGUCUUGCUUUAUCUGGCCUCCACUGUGGAAAUGUUUUUUUUUUUUUAUUACAAUUCAAAUAGGGCGGCACGGUGGUGUAGUGGUUAGCGCUGUCGCCUCACAGCA